CAUUUAAUUUUUUUACAACACAACACAGUUAACAAUUUGUAUUAAUAAUUUUUUUGUUGUUGGUCUACCCCCACCCCACCCAAAAAAAAAGUUAUUGUGUGUCUGAGUGUGUGUGUGUCCUCUAUCUAUACAUUUUUGAUUUCAAACAUGUAUAGCAUUUUAUUAGUAUUAUCAUCGGUGGCCAUCAGUGUAUUGGCCGAUAGUCCCCCAGUCGGCGGCGGUGAUGUUGUUUCGGUUCAUUCAUCGGUGGUCAAGGAUAUCAUGGCCAGGGCUGCCUCAGCCGUAGUAGUCCAGCCACAGGAAAGGAACAGUAGUCCUCCACCGGCAGUCAGGUGCAGAGCCAACGAAAUUGUUACCGACUGUCUGACACCGUGCGAACCGACCUGCGAGCACCCAAACCAACUGCCCUGUCCAGAGUUUACUGCCCGUCGGACCGAUGCCGGCACUACCGCCGGUGAUUCGGCCGAUGAUCUUCAGCCAAUUGAACGCAACAGUGAACCGCCGGUUAACUGUCGACCCGGUUGUGUAUGCGAUCACGGAUUUGUCCGCAGCGUACUGGGCGUAUGUAUACCCCGGAGCCAGUGUCAGCCCAUUUGUAAGCCGCACUCGCAUUUCGAGUCGUGCGGACCCCGAUGUCAGAUCACAUGCGAGUUUGCCGAACCCCGAGCUUCGACUGUCUGCUCGCAGGACAGCGAUGUCUGUGUUAGCGGCUGUUUCUGUGACGCCGGUUAUAUCAAAGACAUCCGUACCGGUCAGUGUGUCCGACCACAGGACUGCUCCCAAUUAUGUCCCGACAAUGAACACUAUAGCGAUUACGGUAAUCCUUGUGCACCGUCCUGUCAACAGCUGGUUGUACCGCCAGCUAAAUGCCUGAACUAUUCGCAACAUUUGCCCGGCUGUUACUGUAACCAAGGAUUCAUUAGGGAUUGGUCAUCAAAACGGUGUGUACGCGACUGGGAAUGUCCGUCCAUGAAGUGUCCAUCCACUGAUGAACAAUGGUAUCAAUGUAGGCCGUGUACACCUAGUUGUACCGAACCCAAGCGGGUGUGUACUGGCCAGUGCCAGCCGUCGGGUUGCGAUUGUAAACGUGGUCUAUAUAGAAAUCCAACCACUGGCCAAUGUAUCCGAUUCUGUGAUUGUCCACAAUUUCAUCGGUAA